GGUGUGGUCCAGGGCAGGUCAGGGGCAACAGCUGCACGUCGCUCACGCUGACAUCAAACUUUUUGAUAAAAGUGUCGUUUGUUCUCGAAAGAAACACGCAGCAACAAAAAAAAAUAAAAAAGUUUGAAAAUGUCUGCCGACUCGUGGGCCGUGGCCGUCGACUUUCAAGAGGCUACAACUCCAGCAAAGCAGUUUGACUUCUCCAAAAAGUUGGAAAGAGUGCGAGGUCCACGCCACAUGAGAGGAGACAUAAACGGCAACCUGGUGCCAGAGAGAAAAGAAAAUGGAGGUGUGCGAGCUGACGGGGACAAAGUGGACCUGGCUGAGCAGUCCCUGUUGAAUAAACUGAUUCGCAGGUCUUUAGUCCGCAACAGGAAUCAGGUGGAGGUUCUGCAGAGGGACCCCACCUCUCCCCUGUACUCAGUGAAGACCUUUGAGGAGCUCAGGCUGAAACCUGAGCUUCUGAAGGGUGUGUACAACAUGGGUUUCAACAGACCAUCCAGAAUCCAGGAGAACGCCUUACCCAUGAUGUUGGCACAGCCACCCCAGAAUCUGAUCGCCCAGUCGCAGUCAGGCACGGGUAAAACUGCGGCCUUUUCUCUGGCCAUGCUCAGUCACGUGAAUCCAGAAAAUGAAUGGACUCAGUGCCUCUGCAUCGCGCCAACAUACGAGCUCGCUCUGCAGAUCGGUCAAGUCAUUGAGCAGAUGGGGAAGUUUUAUCCUGACGUGAAGCUGGCAUAUGCCAUUCGGGGCAACAGAUUGGGGCGAGGCGUCAAGUUGCAGGAGCAGAUUGUCAUUGGAACACCAGGCACGGUCCUCGACUGGUGCACCAAAUACAAGCUCAUUGACCCAAAGAAGAUCACAAUGUUUGUGCUGGACGAGGCAGAUGUGAUGAUUGCGACACAGGGUCACCGGGACCAGAGCAUUCGCAUCCACAGACAGCUAACAAAGAACUGUCAGAUGCUCCUUUUCUCUGCCACCUUCGAGGACUCUGUGUGGAGGUUUGCAGAGCAGGUGGUUCCUGAGCCAAAUAUCAUCAGGCUGAAACGCGAGGAGGAGACGCUGGACACCAUCAAGCAGUUCUAUGUGUUCUGUAGGGAGAAGGAGGACAAGUUCACGGCUCUCUGUAAUCUGUACGGCAGCCUCACCAUCGCACAGGCCAUGAUCUUCUGCCAGACUCGCAAGAUGGCUUCUUGGCUGGCUUCAAGCCUGACCGUAGAGGGCCACCAAGUGGCGUUACUGAGCGGGGAAAUGACUGUGGAGCAGAGAGCUUCUGUUAUUGAGCGCUUUAGGAAUGGAAAGGAGAAAGUGCUGGUGACCACAAACGUGUGCUCCAGAGGCAUUGAUGUGGAACAAGUGUCUCUCGUGGUCAACUUUGAUCUCCCAGUUGACUUUGACGGAAACGCCGACAACGAGACGUACCUGCACAGGAUCGGCCGCACAGGACGCUUCGGCAGACGAGGGUUUGCUGUCAACAUGGUGGACAGCAAACACAGCAUGGAUGUCAUCAACCAGAUUGAGAUGCACUUCAACAGAAGAAUCACAAAGCUUGACACGACCAAUCUGGAGGAGAUAGAAGCACUGAUCAGCUGAACGCUUCGCUUCAUGCACUAACCUUCACUGAAGCAGUGUUACUCUGACUUGAGUUCUUUCAAGGGUUUAUUGUUUGCAUUUUAUUGUUUACAGAAGAAAAAUUGCAUGCUGACUAUGCAAAGUUACUUCACGGCAGUUAUUUGUGCCAAAGUUUUCACUUGAAUUUAAUUUGAUGUGUCCGACUCGGAUUGUUUACUGAAGUCACCUUAAGCCUUAAAGCAAGUCUCCCAGAGACCCCAAAGCAAGUCUCCCAGAGACCCCAAAGCAAGUCUCCCAGAGACCCCCUAAAGCAAGUCUCCCAGAGACCCCAAAGCAACCAUGGGCUGUUCAAACAGCACUUAGGAACGGUUGUGACAAUACUUCAGAGUGUUUGUUUGCAGUGUGGAAUUGUUUGAAGUGAAUUCUAGUUAUAAGUUUAGUAUUGCCACCGAUAGACAUUUGCAUUGCCUGUGCAAGGUUGAGUUCACAUAAAACAUCCUUUUGGUGAAUUUUUGAAAUUCAAAAAUUAUAUGACAGAGUAGCCGCUGACGAUUACGUUUCCUAAUAUCUCAAUUUGGGGUUGUAUCAAGCUGUGAAGCCCGAGCUGAGGCUCAGUUUUUGUGUGGCCAAAGAUAAAUAAAUAAAUAGAGGUAUGUUAAGCCAGUUCGGUUUCUUGCUGUCGUUUGGCACCUUAUCAAGUCGUAUUUUAACAGGCGUGUCUGAAAGCAGCUUGGAAUCUUUAUUCAAGGUAAUACGACCAGAAGAUAUAUAUCUGUAUGGAAUCUAAAGUGUGUUCAAAAGAUAAUAAGCAUGUCUCUUUUCUGCAGUUUGUUUUGUUUGAGUAAAUGUUCAGUUGUGAA